UCCAUGUCAAUCAUUCAGGAUCUUGUGCCUGUCAUGGACCAUAUUAGAGAAAAGACUGGGGUUUUCUCAGAUAGUAUGCUGAAACUUGCUGUUGAAGGGAUGGAAGGAAGCCAAGAUAACUCUGUUGCUUUCAUCCUUAAAAUGGUGGCUUUCGCUGCCAUCCUAAUAUCUAGUGUUUGUGGAGUUGCCAUCCCAUUAGUUGGCAAGAAGCACCGGUUCCUUGGAACUGACUCUAACCUGUUUUUUACUGCAAAAGCCUUCGCUGCUGGUGUCAUCCUUGCCACAGGCUUUGUACACAUGUUACCAGGUUCUACGAAGAAGUUAACUGACCCUUCACUUCCCAAAUAUUUGACGAAUUUCCCUUUUUCUGGUUUUAUUGCCAUGAUGGCUGCAUUGGGUACCUUAGUGGUUGACUUUGUUGGGACUCAGUAUUAUGAAAGGAAAGAAGAGAAACAAAACCAAAAAGAUCGGUCUGAUGCAGAAGAAAGUGGUGCAAUACACAUUGUGGGGAUUCAUGCGCAUGCAGCUCAACACGGACAUAGCCAUUCACAAGAACAAGGGGACGUGAGGGAGCAUUCCCACGCCCAAGCCCAAGCCCAUGGUCAUUGGCACUCGCACUCGCACAGCUUCGGUGGUGGGGAUGAGGAAGGUGGAGUGAGACAUGUUGUUGUUUCUCAGGUGUUGGAGCUUGGGAUUGUAUCACAUUCUAUCAUAAUAGGCAUAUCAUUGGGCGUUUCAGAAAGUGCAUCCACAAUAAGACCCUUGAUCAUUGCAUUGUCGUUCCACCAGUUCUUCGAAGGUUUUGCAUUAGGAGGUUGCAUCUCACAGGCUCAGUUCAAUUCACUCAAAUCUACUAUAAUGGCGAUUUUUUUCGCCAUAACAACCCCCUUGGGAAUUGCAAUAGGGGUUGGAGCUUCUUCAUCUUAUGACCCACACAGCCCAAGAGCUUUGUUGGUGGAAGGAAUCCUUAACUCUGUAUCUUCUGGAAUUCUAGUCUACAUGGCUUUAGUAGAUCUUAUUGCUGCAGAUUUCUUGAGUAAGAGAAUGAGCUGCAAUACCAGGCUUCAAGUAGCUUCUUAUUUUGCACUAUUCUUUGGGGCUGGCCUCAUGUCCCUUAUUGCAAUAUGGGCUUGAAAUAUGAAUGAUGGAUGUUACAUUUGCCUUUAUUAUAUUAUAUGCAUGUACUAGUAAUUUUUUUGUUUUUCUAUCUUAUUGUCAUUCUCAUAAAUUCAGCCAACCAAGCCAUUAUUUACAAUUUAUUUAGAUAAUUGUGGGGGAAGCGGAUUAUGAUAGAAGGUUAGGUUGAGUUUAGGAUGGAUCUUUUGUUAUACUACUUGGUGUAUCCUGUAUACGAUAUUAUUGGAUAUGAUUUCUACGAUAUUUUGUCGUUUGACUA